CAUAGCUACUAAGGAACUUCGUAGAAAUGGCAAGAAAAAGACAGAGAAAUUCUAGUCAAAGUGAGCUUUUAUAUGAUUCUUCGGAGCAACAAAAACAACAAAUCGAAAGUAUGUCAAUGCCUCAACCGCCCCAAAAUUGGCCACAAAAUGAAAGAGAUGAAUCACAUGAUACAAAAAAUCUUCCAGAUUCUGAGCAACAAAAACAACAAAUCGGAAGUAUGUCAAUGCCUUAACCGCCCCAAAAUUGGCCACAAAAUGAAACAGAUGAAUCACAUGAUACAAAAAAUCUUCCAGAUUCUAAUGAUAGUGAAGAGCAAUCUAAGUGAACUAGGGGUCCCACUAUGAUGCACUCGGGAUGGGGGAAAGAUGGUGGAAAUUUACAUAUUGAAUUGAAUGAACAUGGUCAAGUUAUUGGGUUAGAAGGAACUAGAUUGAGUUAAAAACUUGGGGUGCUAGCAUGAAAUGGCAUCUUAGCGCCACUGAAUCAUAAAGAUUGGAGGCUUGUACCUAGUAUGUACAAGGAUAGAAUAUGGGCUCAUAUCAAGGAAAAUAUUGACGCAACUGCUGACAUGAAGCGCAUACUUAUGAUGUCAUUUGGAUCUAAAUGGAAAGAAUCAAAGCAUGAAGCAAAAACCAUUGGAUAUGACCCAUAUAACACUGAUAUUGAGCGUUUAGCUCAUAGUCCAGAUAGAGUUGAAGAAGAUCAGUGGCGUUCAUUAGUUCAUUAUUGGAUCUCAAAAGAAGCAAAGGAAAAGAGUGAGAGAAACAAAGAAAGUCGAAAAAAAUUGACUAUGCCACACACAUCAGGGAGAAAAAGUCAUUCUCAAAUUAUAGACGAUAUGACAAAGAUGAAUAAUGGUGUAAAGCCAACUCGUAUUGAGGUGUUCAAAAGAACUCACAUUAGGGCGAAUAAAGAACCAUUAAAUGAGAUAGCUGGUGAAGUUAUGAAACAAAUGGAUGAUCUUGCCGAGGUGUAUCCUGAGUUGAAUGUCCCCGGAAAUGCUCCUAAUGAUGUGUACUCCCAAGUAAUGGGAUCAGACACUCAUGGAAUUGUCCGAACUCUAGGAAAAGGAGCAUCUCCUAGCUUAGUAUAUGGCCCCGUAUAUAAAGGAUCUCAGACUGAAAAAAGAGAUUUUGAUACAAGGGUUGAGAUGGAAGUUCAAAAAGCUACCUCAGCUAUGAAAAUUGAGAUGACAGAGAAGAUGUAUGAAGCAAAAAAAGAGAUGGAAGCGAUGGAUAAAAAGUUGUUAGAAGCGAAAGAGGAAGCAAAAGAGAAUAACGAAGUGAUGGAGAGAAAAUUAUCAGAAGCAAAAAUGGAUAUGGAAGAAAUUAUAGCGGAUAAAGUGAAGGAAGGAAUACAAGCAUAUGUAGAGUCUUUGGGAAUUAAUAUUGAUGCAAAUUUAAAAUCAGAGCAGGUGAAAUAAUUGUGUUG